AUGGUCACGAUCGGCUUGGACGGGGAGGCGAGGACCGAAAUCUUGGAGUGCCUGAAGGCUCCUGAUGAGAAGGCUCUCCACUCCGUGCUACCGACUCUCAUCGGCAGCCGCAGAUCACCACUGAAGAUAGCAAACUUGAUCUUGGCUGAUUCGAAGUGCGACUUCCGCCAGGAUACUGGGAAGCUCUUGAAGUCGAGAUUCAGAGCUGACGUCGGCUCGGUGGACUUCUCGAAGGAUGCAAAAGCUAUCGAGAAGUGCGUGAAUAUGAGGGUGGCGAAGAAAACCAACAAGAAAAUUGAGGAAGUCCUAGCUGAGAAUAGUUUGGGACAAGACAAUAUUUUGGUGUUUCUCAACGCGAUAUAUUUCAAAGGAAUUUGGCUGCGGAAGUUCGACACAGACGGACAAAGGAACUAUUUCGAGCUCCGCAGCGGGGAGAGGGUGGAGGUUGAUUUCAUGAGCUUGAAAUCCAGAACCUUCAGCUACAGAGAAACAAGCAAGCUCCGUCUCAUUAGAAUCCCGUAUAAAGAAAAGGGAUUUUCCAUGAUUGCGGCGAUCCCGAAAGACGAAAGAAAGCAUAUCGACGAAGUGAUCGCUGAUAUUUCGAUGUUUGAAUUGGCCUCAACGAUUGAGAGCGUGGGAAAGCCUUCGGGAAUCACCGUUCUGCUCACGAUGCCCCAGUUCAGAAUCGAGUACAACUUCGACAGCAUCCCGGAGUACUUGAAGGACCUCGGCGUCAAAAAAAUGUUUGUCCCCGGCGAGUGUAAUCUGGGGAACCUUUUUUCCAAGGUUGAAAGCCAGCCCUGUGUCAGCGACAUCAUUCACAAAGCAGUCAUAGAAGUAAGCGAGACACGGAGCGAAGCUAGUCUCUUCAAUUUCGGAUUCAAAUGCCCCCGAGCUCGGAGUCGGCCUGUGCUCGUCCUGCGUUUAAGCAAACCGUUCUGCUUCUGGAUCCUGUCGGGGAAGGAUAUGGUGACCUUUGCCGGUAUAUGCGCAGAUCCGAGAUCUUGA